UCUACAGUUUCAAUUCUGUCUUCAGUUUUCCAAACUUGUGGUGGUCAUCUGUGACAUGUUGCCUUUGAAGGUAUAUACUGUACAACCUCAGGAUGUCAAGAGGGAGACACAUCCCGUCAUGCAGUGCAUUAUUGAUGGGAAGUUCAAGAAGUUAAAAAAGAUGAAAUUUCAGGUCAAUGAACGGUAUCCUUGUGAGCAAUGGAAAGAUGAUGUCACCCCCUUAUGUGCAGCGGUUGCUUGUGGAAAUGAAGACAUCUGCACAUACCUUCUCAGAGAAGCUGCUGAUGCUAACAUCCCGUCAACUAGAGGUUUCACACCUUUGAUGUAUGCGCUGCAGUACAGUGCGUCAGUUCAUAUAGUUAGACAACUAUUACAUGGAAAAGCUGAUCCUAAUUUGGGAUUGCCCAUUGUACAAGCUGCAUUUAACAACAGAAAGGAUAUUGUAAAGGAAUUACUCAGACAUGGAGCAGUUCCUGAUUUGAAUUGGGUAUACAAUCCAAAAAUGGAUACAUUAUCGCAAAUGCUACACGAGCUAUCUUUGGAAGAUGACCAAAUUACAAACUAUGCUCGGUUUGUUGACCUUUGCUGUGAUGUAGCAACAAAGGCUCCAGAGGAUGUGUUCAUACUGCACCAGCAGCAUUUUUUAGAGGUACACCCCAAAAUGCAGCAUACCAUUUUGGACCGGAUGUUUUCAAUGGUUGGACGUGAGGCUUCAACAUAUAGGCAAUUGACUAUUAAGUGGCUUAAAGAUUCUCAAAAUUUGGACAAAUAUGUUGAUGUGACAAUCAAAAACUUAACCACAAUGCCCAUAGAACACUGUACAAAUGUUGUAAGCAAUUUAUGCUCAGCUUUGUGUCUAAUGAAGGAAAUACCACUGGGGUUUUCUCUCCAACUCAUACCCUUUCUUUUGAAAUGUCUAGCAACACCUCAACUGGCUGCCUCUCCUGAUGUCUUUCUGCAAUUGCUAAACAUCAUCACACAGAAGACUAGGGAAGAUGGCUCAGAUGAUCAAUUUAUUGAUGAGCUGUGCAAGCUGUGCAAAGGCAUAAUGCCCUUUACACAUCCAAUGUACCCAAUUCGCACUGGUGCAAUAACUUAUGAGAUAAUAGCACACCUGUAUUCAUAUGGGCGUGUACAUGAGGUAAUCAAAUCCCUUGGUGUCACAUCAGUACCUGAGAGGAUACUGCUCUCUGCAGACAGUGGGAUGGAUGAAAUUUUAAAAAACAAAUUGAGAGAACUGAAUGACAACCUAACAAAGCAAUCCUCCGAUGGGCAAUCACCUGAAGAGGAAGUGUUUUCCCAAAUAGAAGAAAAAGAAAAGAGGAAGAAGAAGAAAAAGAAGAAGAAAAAGGGAAAUAAAAAGAAAACCUCAACAACUGUCAUGGUCUCUGGUUCAGAGAUGGCUUCAGACAAAAAUUCAGUUGAUGAAUCUUGCUCUACUGAUGAGCAAAGGUCAAGUAUUCAACCAUUUUCUUCUGACACCGUAACAAUGACAAAUCCACGACGUUGGCACCAAACCAGUCUUCGCUGGAAGGACAAGUUGGAAGCAGUUGCUAACAGAAGAACAAAAGAGAAGAACGUACAGAAUCUUACUUUUUGUCCUGAUCAUCUUAUUGCAAAAGGAAGUGAUGGUACAGAAGUCUAUAUUGGUCUUAGGGACGAUGGCACUGAAGUUGCUAUUAAACGCAUGACCAAGUCAAACUACCAGCUGCUUAAAAAUGAGGAGGAUUUAUUACGUGGGCUUGACAAUCCCAGUAUUGUGCGAUAUGUAGACUUUGUUGAGGAUGAAAACUUUGGCUAUUUAGCCCUUCAGCUUUGUGAGUACACCCUGGAGGAAUACAUUCAACCAGACAAUCAACUUUUACCAGAAAACCAUCAGGAAAAGAUGGACAUUCUUAAGACAAAAGUAAAGGAAGUCCUUCAUAGUUUAGAAGUUAUUCAUAGUCAGGAUAACAAAGUGCUUCACAGGGACAUCAAACCCCAAAAUGUUUUGAUUGGUGAGAACAAUAGGCUUACUACUUUGUCUAACUAAUACUGUUCAUUCUGUAUGUUACAUAUUAACAAUAGUUACACAGUUAUUCAGAAUAAGACUGUGUGUGUGUGCGUGUGCGUGUGCGCAUGUGUGCGUGUGCAUACAUGUGUGUGUGUGAGUACACUGUAAAAAAAGUCUGUAAAAAUUACAGGGGAAAACUGUAAAAUGGCAACAGUAAUAGACCAUAAAACCUAAAACAGUACAUCACUGUAGAAGAAACAUCUAAUUACCCUAAAUCAAGAAACGGUAAUUCUACUGUAAAAAUAUGUGGAGUAUUACGGUGAAUAACUGUGAAUUGGCUACAUUAAUGGACCAUAGAACUUAAAAAAGUAUAUCACUGUAGAAUAAACAUGUAAUUACCCUAAAUCAAGAAACGGCGCAAAACUUGAAUUGUACUGUCCAAACAUGUGAAACAUUACAGUGAAGAACUGUGAAUUGGCUACAGUAAUAGACCAUGAAUCACAAAACAGUUUAUCACUGCAGUAGAUACAUUGAAUUACCCUUAAUCAAGAAAUGGCACACCACUUUAUUUUAAGACAAACUACAGUUUUUCUCAAUUGUUUACACACAAUUUCUGGUACUUGAGACACAAUUCCAAUAAUAUGUAGCUCAUGCACCAACCUCCUGAAUCGAUUCUGUUGAACUAUAAGCACAAUUUCUGCUUUACACUCAAAUUGCCGUUCUAAAACACACUGUUUUCAAAACACUACACACAAUUCUCUGCAUUUGACACAAUUUUCAUGAAGAAAAUGUCUUGUUCUCUCAAGGAACACACUGCCAUUCAAAUCCUAAAGCUAACUGCCCUACCAUGCACACUGACUCAUCACAUGGGCAAACUCCUGUCACACAGUCUUACAAUUAGCAAUCAGAGCUUUAGUAUUACAGUAUAGUAGUACAGGCAGAGGCAGAGCCAGAGGAGUGAGAGAGUAGGAGGAUGGGGAGGCCAAGGACCGUAAUCUCUGAUGAGAUCCGAGCCACUAGAACAUUGCAGUGCUGCGUAUCAAUACAGUACAGUACCGGACAGUACAAUACAGCUCAAUGAGCACAGUAGUACAGUAUUGCCUGUGGGCUGUUCUGUAGGACUGUAAAAAUAAAGUAUGUUUCAAGUAUUUGGGUAAAGUAAUCCUACUUUCUAUUCCUACACAGUUUACAGUAUUUUACUAUUUGUUUGGCAGCCGAAAGAUUACCAACACAAGGUUUUCUGUCUCCUGAACAGGAAAAUGAAAUCAUGAGCAUUGUCCUAGAAAAAACGGCAUAACAUUACGGCAAAUACAAAGAAAAAGAAUAGAAAACAAUGAGAUAUUCCAAAAUAUUGAUAGGGUAAGCAUAUAAACUUACUGUAUCAGCUUAUCUACUGUUUGUAGUACUGUUUGUAGUGUAACACUGAACAAAAAAAGGCCCAAGUCAUUAUAAUGAAUGGAGAAGAAGUGUUUUCAAUUCAUCGCAGUGUUUUACACUGAGCACAUCAGUGUUCAACUGGUCCUUAUAAAUGUCUUGAUAUGAUGGUUUGUGUGUGUCUCUUGAGAACAAAAGAGCAUUUUGAGGAGAAAUUACAUUGUUUUGAAGGUAAAAUGUCAUUUUGCAGGAGAAUUGUGGAGUUUUGCCCAUUGUGUAUGUUGUUUUGGAUUUGUGUGUAGAGUUCUGAGAAUAUGAGGCAUGUUUUCAGAAAAUGUGUGUUAACAAUCGAGAAAAACUGUAAUGGCACACCACUAUUUUGAGAAACAAAUGAAUAAAUCCUAAAAUGGAAAUAUUUUUACACUUGUACCAACA